GUGAUCCCAUCGGGCGCGGCCAUGUUUCUUCCUGGCGUGGUCGGACGGCUGUUUAUUUCCGGUGUUACAGGUCACUGCUAACGGCCGUUGGCGGAAGUUUAGAGCAAAUAGGAGCCUUUUGUGAGGUGAUGAAGCCCCCGGUGAGAUUGCGAGCCGCCCCGCGCCGGUACGGGGUGGAAUCGGAGACCGAGUCCAUGGAUAUUGAUGGCGAGGUGGCGGAGUGGAACCCUCAAGAGAAGCGACUGCUGCUGCGGGCGCUCAAGAAGCAGAGUGCGAGCAGGGAGCCAGAUCUGAGCAGCAUUGAGAGUGAGGUGCCUGGGAAGACCCGUGAACAGAUUGCCGUUUACCUCGAGGAUUUGAAGGUGAGCUCCAUCCGGAGUGUGUCUCAGCGGAACUAUCUGGAGCGCCUCCGGGAGAAACACCUUCGUCAGCGACAACUCCGUGCCCCGCUGCAGAUCUGGACGGAGCUCGCUGAGGAAAUGACGGGGGAAUUGGGCAAAGUGAUUUCAGCGGCAUUCUCACAGACCCUGAUGAUUGCAGCCACUGAACCCAGGUGCAGGGCAUCCCGGGCAGCACCAACUGAUCCGACAUCGCAAGCUUCGGGAGACGGAACGUUACCUGGAGAUUCCCGCCCCGACUUGGUGUCUAGCGCACCGCCUUCUGUGAUCCCCGUGACCGAGGGCAGUGCCCCAUCAGCAGGGGAAAGCCAGGCCCCGGACGCACCCAUAGACUUUGCGAAAAUCUACAAGUAUUUGUCGGCGACUGCGAGGGGCUCAACGUUGCCACAGCUCUCGCCCUUCGAAUCUGCAGUUAUCCUCGACCUGCUGAUGUCUCUCCCAGACCAGAUACAAGUUCUGAACUGCCAGGAACUGUGGAGCCACAUGAACGCCACCUACAGCCAGCUGACCCAGACUGCUUCAAGCUGGCAUGAUCAGGGACCCUCGCAACCUGCUCGCCCAGUUCAGACAGGUCCCCCAUCUGCGCAGGCCAGUGUCAUUCUAACAGGGCAGGUCCAGGCCUCAGGACAUAACGUCCUGCCUGCACACCUUGCUCAACUCCUCCCUGCAGCCCAGACCCACCAAUUGCAGAGUCCCCACACAGUUCAGCCCGGCCAGUCAAAGUCUACGGUUAGCAAAGCUGCUGUGCCAGCUCUGGAAUCUGAUUGGCCCAUGCCGUGCCCUUUGAACCCCUUCCGCCUCCCUGUAAAGCUGUUGGUCAGAAGUGAGGCACCUACAGCCUCUCAGGGUCCCACUGCUGAUCUGGGAACAUCCGCACCAGGCUCGUUGUCUACAGCAGCCCAACCCAGCGCUGACCCCCGACCUCCUGCCAGUUACCCAACACAGACCCCUGUCCAGCCCACCUCUGACCCCCGACCUCCUGCCAGUUACCCAACACUGACCCCUGUCCAACCCAGCGCUGACCCCCGACCUCCUGCCAGUUACCCAACACUGACCCCUGUUCAACCCAGCGCUGACCCCCGACCUCCUGCCAGUGACCCAACACUGAUCCCUGUCCAACCCAGCGCUGACCCCCGACCUCCUGCCAGUGACCCAACACUAACCGUUGUCCAACCCAGCGCUGACCCCCGACCUCCUGCCAGUGACCCAACCCAGCGCUGACCCCCAACCUCCUACCAGUGACCCAACACUGAUCCCUGUCCAACCCAGCGCUGACCCCCAACCUCCUCCUAAGGGCCCAGAGCCCUGCACUGACCUCAUCCUGAGGACCCAACAGUGACCUCUGUCCAGCUCAGUGCUGACCCUUUGACUUCCUACCAAUGACCCAACACUGAGCCGUGUCCAGCCGAGCCCUGAGUCCUGACUUCCAGAGGGCCCAACACUGACCUCUGUCCACCACUGACCCCGAUCACAACUACAUUCUCCUGAGAGUCAAUCGCUGACCUUUUACCUCUCCCAGAGAGCCCAACGCUGACCUCCUGGAGCCCAGCCGUGACCCAUUGACCUCCUCCCACGAGGCCGGGGCUGACCCACUGAUCUGCUGACUCCUCUCGGGAGGGCAGAGGAUUAACCCCUGAUCCCCUGCCGUAGGGCCCUAAGAUUUGGCAGGUCUUGAGGAAGUGGUUUCUUCACCAUUGGAGCUUGUACUGAUGCUGGAAGAUGUCCAGAUGCCUUCUGUGCUCGAUUUUAAAAUUUGUUAUAAAUUCUUAUGGUUUUUGGUCUGUCCUGUUUGCGAAAAUGAUCAGUGUUAUAGCAGAAAUAAAGGCGUUUACAGCAAUUAAAAGGUGUCCCCCAACUGAAACUUGACCCCAACAGACAGUAGACAGAGAGAGAGAGAGGGGAGAGAUUAUGCAGGAUUGGAGAGAUUUGUGCAAUUAUCUGUGAUCAGAGUGUGAAUAUUACUGUGGUUUUAGAGUAUGGGGGAAUUACCUGGUGGUUG